GACAACAUGGCUUCCAGAUUGAAGGAGGAUCUCUGCUGUCCGGUCUGUCAGGAAGUCUUUAGAGAUCCCGUUGUCCUGUCCUGUAGCCACAGCUUCUGUAAAGACUGUCUGAAGAGAUGGUGGAGAGAGAAACCAACUCAGGAGUGUCCAGUUUGUAAGAGAAGAUCUUCAAAGUCAGAUCCACCUAGUAACCUGGUGCUAAAGAACCUGUGUGAGUCCUUCUUAGACGAGAAAGACCAGAGAGCUCCAGAGACUCUCUGCAGUCUGCACUCUGAGAAACUCAAACUCUUCUGUCUGGACCAUCAGCAGCCGGUGUGUGUCGUCUGCAGAGAUUCAGAGAAACACACCGACCACAGAAUCAGACCCAUCGAUGAAGCUGCUCCACAACUCAAGAAGAAACUUCAGGAAGCUCUGGAGCCCUUAAAGGAGAAGUUAAAGGUUUUAGAACAAGUCAAAGGAAACUGUGAUCAAACAGCAGAACACAUGAAGGUCCAGGUCCGACGAGCAGAGAGACAGAUUCAGGAUCAGUUUAAGAAGCUCCACCAGUUUCUAGAGGAGGAAGAGGAGGCCAGGAUAUCUGCUCUGAGGGAGGAAGAGGAGCAGAAGAGUGGGGUGAUGAAGGAGAAGAUGGAGGCUCUGAGCAGAGGGAUAGCAGCUCUUUCAGACACAGUCAGAGCCACAGAGGACGAGCUGAGAGCUGAAGACGUCUCGUUCCUCAACAACUACAAGGCUGCAGUGGAAAGAGUCCAGCAGCGCCCCCUGCUGGAGGAUCCACAGCUGCUCUCAGGAGCUCUGAUAGACGAGGCCAAACACCUGGGCAACCUGACCUUCAACAUCUGGAGCAAGAUAAAGGACCUGGUCUCCUACGCUCCUGUGGUUCUGGACCCAAACACUGCUCAUCCAGGACUCCUCCUGUCUGAAGACCUGACCAGUGUGACAUGUGGACAGAGACAGAAGCUUCCUGAUAAUCCAGAGAGGUUUGAUGGAUUCUGGUCUGUUCUGAGCUCUGAGGGCUCUGGGACUCACAGCUGGGAUGUCGAGGUAGGAGACGAUACCGGCUGGUUUCUGGGUGUGUUAGCAGAGUCCGUCCAGAGGGAGGAACUCAUACAGUCUGGUUUAUGGACAAUAGGGUUGUAUGAAGGUGAAUACUCAUCGCGGUCACCAUCAGGUCCAGUCACUGAUCUCGUCGUGCAGAAGAAGCCUCAGAGGAUCAGAGUGACUCUGGACUGGACCGGAGGAACGCUGUCGUUCUCUGAUCCUGAAACUAACACACACAUUCACACCUUCACACACUCUUUCACUGAGAGGAUGUUCCCAUUCUUUGACACUAAAGAUAAAGUGAAUAUAUUACCAAUGAAGGUCAGUGUGACAGUGGAACAGAGCAGUUAG